AGUAAGUGUACUAUUGGUUGGUUGAUAUUUGCAGACAAUAUAGUGCUACUUGGAUCAUCAGAAGCUAAUCGCACACCACUGACUUUGUUUCCUUGUAAUUUUCAGAAAAAUAGAUGUCUUUUAAUGAAAUGUUGUACACAUACGAUUCAGAUGGUAUAAAUUUCGGAAUUUAAUAUAGAAAAAAAUAAAUGGCAGGUGCGUACGCAUAUAUAGUCACAUACAUCACGUCUCUACAAAACAAAACUUGGAAUUCUGUAAAAUAUUAAUGCCUCGAAUAUGUCUGUGCGCACGCAUCAUUUUCUCACAUAAAAUUCUUAUGUAAUUUAGUCACCUGGACGGUAUUUAUAAGAAAUUUCAUUACAAAUACCCAAUUUUCUGCAAGUUACGAGAAAAAAAGUCGGCGGGACACGACUGUGCAGGAUCAACUAGUCACGACUAGCUUGUGCGAGUGUGCGCACCGGGACCAAUCUUCCCGCUUUUUCAUCUUGACAUCUCUAAUCGCUCUAUUAUUAAAACAGCAAAAUGCCAGGAAGACAAGUUGUAAAAUUCGCAAAACUUACUCCAAAUGCAUUCGUCCCAACUCGAGGAUCGCCGCAAGCUGCUGGAUACGACCUUUACAGUGCAUAUGACUACUCAGUCCCUUCUAAAGGAAAAUUGCUAGCCAAAACAGAUCUCCAGAUAGCUUUACCUGACGGCUGUUAUGGAAGAGUGGCUCCUCGUUCAGGACUGGCUUUGAAGCAUUUCAUUGAUGUUGGAGCUGGAGUUAUUGAUCAAGAUUACAGAGGAAACGUUGGUGUUCUUCUUUUCAAUUUUUCUGAGACUGAUUUCAAAGUCAACAAAGGGGACCGUAUUGCCCAGCUAGUGUUAGAGAGGAUAUUCAUUGCAGAUCUGGAAGAGUGUGUAAAUUUGGAUGAUACAUUGCGUGGCGAGGGAGGUUUUGGAUCAACUGGUGGAAACUAAUAAAAGUGUUAAAUUUUUGAA